UGUGGGCAAUUUGAAAAGAGUGGCCGGUUUGGAAUGGGCCCGCGCAAUUUUGAUUUGAAAAUUGCCAUUGUGGGCUGGGGAAGAAUGGGUAAAUUGGAAAUGGGAGAAAGUGUGGAAAUUGCGAUGGGGGAAAAUGGGUGGGGAAAGGGUGUGAGGAAAUUGAAGAGGGGCCAACCCAAAGGCGAUUGUGUUGAUUUGGAAAUUGCCAUUAUGAAUAUGGAUGCGGGGAAGAAUGGGUAAAUUGGAAAUGGGGCAUUUGAAAUUGAGGACAGUGUGUGUAAAAAUCAAUAAAGCCAUUUGAAACAGU